AUGGAAAGCAGGAAUAACACAAAUGUGUCUGACUUCAUCCUUAAAGGAUUGACAGAAUCUGAAGAGAUCCAGCAGGUCCUCUUUAUGGUAUUUCUCCUCAUAUAUAUGAUUACUGUGCUGGGGAAUGCAGGGAUGAUACUGAUAAUUCACCUGGAUCCCCAGCUUCACACCCCCAUGUAUUUUUUCCUCAGUCACCUGUCAUUUCUUGACCUCUGUUAUUCAACAGUCAUCACACCUAAAACCUUAGAGAACUUACUGACUUCCACCAGUUAUAUUUCAUUCUUGGGCUGCUUCACUCAGUUGUAUUUUUUUGUCUUCUUGGCUGCCACUGAGUGUUUCCUUCUCUCUUCAAUGGCCUAUGACCGCUAUGUAGCUAUCUGCAACCCUCUUCAUUACCCUGUUGUUAUGUCCAAGAGGCUCUGCUGUGGCCUCAUCAUGGGGUCCUACAUGAUUGGAUUUACUGACUCCUUGGUCAAUGUUCUUUGCAUGAACAGUUUGCUUUUCUGCAAAUCUAAUGUAAUCCACCACUUUUUCUGUGACACAGCCCCAAUUUUAGCCCUGUCUUGCACUGACAUUCGUGACAUUGAAAUCAUGAUAUUCAUUCUUGCUGGUUCCACAAUAAUGGUGUCUCUUAUCACAGUCUCUUUGUCCUAUGUAUCCAUUCUGUCCACUAUCCUGAAAAUUAAUUCCACUACAGGAAAGUGCAAAGCCUUCUCUACUUGUGCCUCCCACCUCCUGGGAGUCACCAUCUUUUAUGGCACAACAAUUUUUACUUAUUUAAAACCAACUAAGUCUUACUCCUUUGGAAAGGAUCAGGUGGCCUCUGUGUUUUAUACUAUAGUGAUCCCCAUGCUGAAUCCACUCAUUUAUAGCCUUAGGAACAAAGAAGUGAAAAAUGCUCUCAUUAGAGUCAUGCACAAGAAAGAGGGCUCCAGGAAAUUGAAAUGA